AUGCCGUGUUAUGCUGAUACGAUCGUAAGAAUUAAGUAUGUGAAACAAAAUGUGAAAGAAGAUUCUGAUUUGUUGGUGGUGUGGGCUAUUGGUACAUAUCCUAUUGAACGUGAAGAUUAUGAUAUCGAAUUGGUUUUAUUUGUGCCGGUUAAUUUGAAUGAUAGAGAUUUCGAAACUCAAGCUGUUUUUGAGAAGGAUAAUUUUUUUUCCGUUGGAGGCAAAAUUGUGCCUGGUUAUUAUAAUGGAAAUAAGAGAGCGAAGAUGACAGUUUCAACGUCUACGCAUGUAACUAUUCUUAACAAAGUUGUUGAAUCCAAUAAGUGUCCUUUGAAGAUUUCUUUGGUCGGAGUUCCGCAAGAAAUGCCUAGUGAUGUGAAGGAUGAUGUUAUUGUCAAAGUUUUGAUAACUGACUAUAUCGAUACUAUUCAUCCUCAAGAAUCAUUGGUUUUCGUAGUUGGUCAGUUGGAGAUUAUCGACAAUGAAUUUUACGUGUAUGCUAAGAAUAUUAAUUAUGUUGAUACAAAAUUUAUUGUCAAGAAAAAAUGGUUUAAAAGUGGUUCUCAAAAAUUUUCAGCAUCUCAAAAUAGUAUUUGGUCAAAACUUCUGGCUACUCAUCAAAAUAUUUCUGAAAACUCCAAGGAUAAUUUAGAACGUGAAACUUUAUCUUCAGUUAAUUCUGGUGAUUUUGUGGAUAAAUCUGAAAUGAGUUGUUCUUAUUCAUUGAAACGUACGCGAAAUGAUGAUUUGGAAAAUUCUGUUGAAGAUUUGGACGCUAAUCAAAUGGGUUUCGAGUCUUGUGAUUUAGAAAGUAAUGAUUUAGUUGAUUCUGAUCAAGAAGAAGAAAUUGGUAGGCCAGUUAAGAAGAGAGCUUUGCGUAAAAACG